UGCAGCUCAGUGUGUUUUUCAAACCCAACUCGGACGGUCGUCGCUCCAACUUCAACUUCCAACUCCAACGUAGGCGGAAAAGUAUAACCAUACAUAAUGAUGCCCAAGCUGGGAUGUUUCUCUUUUUGGCUUAUGCUCGUGAUCGGAGCCGCCGUGGCCAUUGAAGUUCAGAAAUUCGGAUAUCUAUUCAAUCCGCCACAAGCGGAACAUUCGCAUCAUCAUGAGGAGAAGCAAGAUCUAAACAAGAUACCCGGAGUUCCGGGCGUCGACUAUCCGGUUUACCAUGAGGUGCCGCACACCCACUUCAGUUGCCGCAAUGUUCCGGCCACUCCGGGCAUGUACGCCAAUGUGGAGACGGGCUGCCAGGCCUAUCACGUGUGCCACGAUGGACGCGAGGGCGAACAGGGCGCCAAGUUCCUGUGCACCAAUGGCACCAUCUUCAAUCAGAAGGAAUUCGCCUGCGAUUGGUGGUACAAUGUCAAGUGCGAGGAGGCCACCAAUUUCUACCACUUAAAUGCCGAUCCCGAGCACAAUCCUUAUUUUCCCAAGAAGAAGCCCGAGUUGGAACCCUAUGCCAAUGAUAUCCAUGAUGCUCACAAGUUUCUGAUACAAGCUUAACUCAAUUUUUAUUCGUUAAUUUGUUUCUGUUGUUCCCCAUAUUGUAAAUAAAACGCUGAUUUAACUAUCAUA